AUGAUGCUCCUGCUCCUGCUGUGGGCGUGCGCCCCUGCGGGGGCGCUGGCCCGCCGCGGCGCGCCGCGCGAGCGCGGGGCGCUCCCGGCGCUGCUGCAGUGCUGGGCGACGCCGCGGUUCUGGCGGGCCGCCCGGCGGGACGGCUGGGCCGACUCGCCGGGCGUCUGGCGGCGCCUCGGGCGCCGUCCCGGACUCCGCGCCGACGCCACCUGCUGCAGCACGGACAAGGUGGACACGGUCCUCCACUAUCGUCCGUGGCCGGUGGCCAACCGAUUGCGGAGCCAUGUUCGGACCAUGCUGGACAACAAGGCUCGCUCCCUGGAUGAUCAGAAGGGUUUCACCGCGGCCGUGGCGAACACCGUGUCGCGCAUGGAGUCCCAGGGUUGGUCAUGCCGGGAGGUCGUGGGCGGGGCACUGCAGGCCAGGGUGGCGGCGCACCAGCGGUCUUCGGAGCUGGCGCGGGAGGGCUUCGGGCUGGCGAGGCGGGUCGCUGCGCUCACCCUCCGCCUGCACUGCUUGCUGCCGCGGCGGCAGCAGACGCUGGCUUCGACAGAGCGCGCGCUGCGAUUGUCCGUGCGGCGGCUCGCGGCUCUGCUGCUCAGGCUCGGAGGCGAGGCGAGGUCGCUCGCCGCCCUGGACCUCCGCCUGGUGUCGCAGGAUGCCAACGCGUGCCUGCCGGCACCGCUUCUGGCCCUGACCGCUGGAGUAAUGGCGCCUGCAGCCACACUGGAGGAGACAGUGUACGCGCUCGGCUAUCCGUUCGUGCGCGCCUCUGGCAGCGUCCACGCGUGGAACGGGUGGGUUGACAGAGCCGCGCUCGCCCUGUCGCGCUUGCCUGCGAAGCUUGCGCACCAGAUGAAGAUGAUCACGUCGAGCUUCGAGCCCAUGGCGAGGGAGGGGCCUGCCAGCGGCACCUUCUGGGACCACCGCCUGCUGACUGAACCACGAGAGCCGUGGAGAUGGCCGAAUCACUGGGAUGCCGCGCCAGCCCUGCCUGCCGACGAGGCCGGCGCGUGCGGUGCGUCCCAAGGCCGCUCAUGUGACGACACGGCUUUGGUCUUGCUCGUCUCCAACCGCACCUGCGAGGUCGAGGUGGAGCGGGCGUGGGCCAGCGCGGAGCAGCUGCUGAACACCACCGACGGCACGCAGGUGCUGUGGCUCGAGGACUCGAUCCGCGACCCCUGGGUCACCGCGGAGCGCCCCGUGCACGCAGCGCGGCUGGCACGGCGAGUGCGGAGAGCGCAGGGCACCGCGGAGGGCAGCCGCCCUGGCGCUCCGCGCGCCGCCGUGGUCUGGAGGCGCCACCAGAACACACUGGACAACCGCCGCGUCGCGUGCCUGCACCUGGGCGGUGGGGUGGGGGGUCGCGGGGCGCUGGUGGGCGACCUCCGCGGCGACGCGGGCGGCUCGCCUGCCUGCAGCGCCGGGGCACUUGCCGGCAGCUCCGGCGUGGCCGCGGGCGCCCUCUGGUCACUGCACCACUCUGUCGCGCACCCGCUGUCGCCGCCUGCGCUCUCGGCCGGGAUGACGCGCGUGGACGCGGCAGCAGCACAGGCAGAGGGCGCACAGCAGGGCCGCGCCGCCGCGGCGUCGGGCGCGACCUGGGCUACAGCGGGCCUGCAGAGGUACCUCGCGUGGCACAGGCGGGCGGUGCGCGCCUGGCGGGACGGAGGCCCAGAGAUGCCGCGGGCCUUGGUCUAUGUGUGCAAUCCUCUGGAGCUUUGUGGAGGACACGGCGACCGGACAAAUGGUAUCCUCACGGCCUUCCUGCUUGCGGUCCUCACCUCCCGUGCCUUUUUCAUUGACCUCGACUCGCCCGUGCCGCUGGGCACCGCGCUGCAGCCACGGCGGGGCGAGGACGGCGAGUUUCUGCUGGACUGGCGCCUGCAGGGAGGGGCGGUGGGUGUUGCCAGCCACAAUUUCUAUCUGGACGACCGGGUCGGGUUCCAGGUGGACGUGAGCUGGCUGGUGCGCGACGCGAGCAGCACCUUGCUGCUGUCGAUGAACCACCGCGAGGCCGGCGCGCUGCUGGGCCACCCGCUGCUUCGGCGUCGUGCCCAGGAGCUCGGUCUGCGGCAGCGGCCAGACCUCUACGCGCGCCUCUGGGCUACGCUGUUCGAGCCCGCGCCCCCUUUGCGGGCGCGCCUGCGCGCAGCGCAGCAGGAGCUGCAGCUCGACGAGCCCUUGCCAUGGGACUCCGCCGCGGGAUCGCCGGCCGCUGGAGGUUACCUGGGCAUCCACUUCCGCGCCGGGAACGAGUCCGCGCGCCUUUGGUGGGAUCCGGGCCGCCACGCGCUGUCCAGCCUGGACGUGUUCCUCGACUGCGCCAGGAUCGCGGAGAGGGAGCUCGGCCUGCCGGCGGAGACGAAGUGGUUCCUCAGCGCGGACACCGAGGCCGCCCUGCGCACGGACCGCGUGGAGCAGCUGCGGCGGGAUGGGAAGGUCGUGGUGCUCCUCGAUGGUUGGCGCAUUGCCCACGUCGACCGAUCGAACGCUCACCUGGCCCUGCACGGCUUCAUGGACUCGUACGCGGCGUACUUCCUGCUCGCAUCGGCCAGGGCCGUGGUGCUGUCGCGAAGCUAUUUUGGCGAGACGGCGGCAGAGGUCGGGGCCGUGCCCGCAGCCUAUUUUGCCGAAGGCUGCGUCCGCACAGACCUCCGCUCCUCCUGAAGGCCCAGCGAUCGGGGCGGGGCGGCCAGGGGGAGGUCGCGGAGUUUCUGCAGUUGCACGGCUUCUCGCGCUGCCGCCGCCCUCUCCAGGAGAGCCUUCGAGCUCGUUCUCGUCCUGAUCGCCACCGCCAGCGACUCGGGCAGGGCCGCAGCGCUCUCUGUGCCGCGCGGCCCAGUUGGCUGUGGACGCAGGCCAGGCCGACUGGAAGCCAGUCGAGGCCGUGCUCGACAACCCUGCGGUCCUCCGUGCACUCAGCGCGCGCCAGCAGGGCCGCGUAGCCGGGCUGGGCGCCAAGCUGGUGGAGACGGACAGCCUGGACCAGGAUGCAGAGCACACAGCGACCCAUCAUGGAGGUCGACGUGCGCUUGGAGCCAGACCGGUGGAGGCAGGGCCAGGAGACCGAGACCUGCCUCAGGCGCUGCAUCCCUCAGGGGAAACCUCGCCCCUCGCGAGCCGGCCUUCCCGGGCGGGCGCUGGCAGCCAGCGGGAACCUCGUCCCAGGGGAGACGGGCGGGGCUGGGCGGCGGCGGGGUGCCAUGGCGGCGUCCGUGCGCACCCCGGGCUUCGCGGGCGGCUGAGGCCUCUUCGGCCCCUGGCUGCUCGCGCCGGAUACCGCCAGGACCCCCGGAAAAGGAGAGCCCGUCAGUGAUGGGGACCCGAAGCCCACGAAGUGGACCGGGGUCACCGAACAAAGGCUGCC